AUGGUCUCCGACGAGACGUACGAGCUCUGCCUGCCCAUCCUCCAGGACCCGAACCUGGACGACGAGGAGAAGACGGACAAGCUGGAGGAGCUGCUGAAGGAGAAGACAACACUCUCGGGCCAGGCGCUAGAAAAUGCCAUUCUCGACGCCCUGUGGCGCUUCCGGGACGGCGGUACCAAUGCUACAUCACCGCCCGCCAUCCGGCACUCCAUCCUGCGUCGGCCGUCCCCUGCCCCUUGGCGCGGCUCCGGCACCCCUGUCUCGGGCUCUCCCCGCCUCGGCGUCAGCCCGCUAGCUCCCCCGGGCUUCAUGCACUCCCCCUUCGGCCGUACUAAGUCGUCGACUGCGUCGCCGUUUGGCUCCCCGCGCCCGUCACCUCGCCUAGCCUUUGCCGCUCCAGUACCUCAUAGUCCCAGCCUCAGCGCCUACCAGUUUGCGACUGAUGUAACUCCGUGUCAAGAAGUUUUUGGAGACUACCAAUCGGACAAUGUCGACUGGCUGGUUAGCGACGACGCCGUUAGUGUGACGUCGUCAAUUGGCGGGACAUUCAGCACAGGCGGCGGUCUGGGCACGACCAGCACGGGCACGACGUCCAGCGCCAGCGCUAGCGGGCUCAACGUCGCUGCGCCCGAGUUCGUCUCCCAGCGCGACCAGCACCAGCAGCAGGCCGACAUGACGCCGCUCGACAUGCUGCGGUCGAUCCUCGGGCAGUCUAAGACCGACGAGGAGAUCACGCAGGCGCUGGCCGCGCACGGGUAUGACCUGGGCGCGACCAUCUCGGCGUUUAUGGAGCAGCAGCAGCGCGAACAGCAGUCUGAAGCAGACGGCAAGGAGGGUAAUAAUAAUAAUAGCAGCGGAAGCAGUAAAGUGGUGAUUGGUAAGGCCAUGACGCCGAAUGGCCGGCCGGCCACCCCGGCCGAACAGCCGCCCACCAAGACGGGCGUCAUCUGCAAGUACUUUUUGUCGACGGGGCAGUGCCUGCGGGCGGACUGUCGGUUUAGCCAUGACCUGAGCAGUCACCUGUGCAAGUACUGGCUCGCCGGCAACUGUCUCGCUGGCAACACAUGCAUCUUCUCGCACGACCCGGCCCAUCUGAUUAAUCGGCUCAAUAUGGACGGCACGAAUACUCCCCCGACGCAGCAUGCUACGGUCAACCUGCAGGACUAUAACAGCUUCCCGGCGCUGCAGCCUGGUACCCCUGAGCAAUAUGGCUAUACGCUCGGCGUGGCCCCUCCCCCUGGGUUCCGGCACCAUGAGCGUCCGCGGUCGCGGCCUGGCAGUCGGCACCAGCACAAGGAUAAUAACAGCAACAAUAAUAAUACUCAAACGGCGCCGUCUCCUGAUGAUGCCGAUGCAUUCCCAUCGCUCGGCUCGGUUGUCGUUAAACAGGCCAAGAAGCACGGCAAGCGCGGCGGACAUGGUCAUGGUUCUGGGAGUUCGAACAAGGAUGGCAACUCCUCUGGUGCGCCGACCACCCUUGCGGAUGUGGUCAAGAUGUCGCCGUCGCCGAGUCCGUCAGCGCAGAAGAGCAAGGCGGCACGGAAUGGCGGUAACUCCGCGGCGGCAAGCACUAGGAACAGCAUGGAGAACAGCGCCGCUGCGCAGGCGAUCCCUCCGCCGAAGCAUAUCCCAUGGCUGGAGACGGGCGAGCGCGCGAAUAAGGGGUAUCUGAAGGCGCGCGCGGAGGCGAUUAAGCAUGGGGGUUUGAGGAACAAGUUCUUGCAGAGCGCCGCCCAAGCCUGGAACCGCAACGACGCCCGCGCAGCCAAGGCCCUAUCCCUGCGCGGCCAGUCGGAAAACGACCUCAUGCGCAAGGCCCACCGUGAAGCCGCCCGCCAGCUCUACGAAGACCGCCACAAGCCCGUCGACCAGUGCCCCGAGAUCUACGUCGACCUGCAUGGCCUGCAUCCCGAAGAGGCCGUCGAGUACCUCGAGAGCGUGAUGACCGAGUGUUCUGAGGAAACCAGGCCUAUCUAUGUUAUCACCGGUACCUCGGGACCUACUGGAGGGGGAGGGAAGGGCAGUGGAGGGGGGAAGGAUAAGGUUGGUAAGGCAGUCAGGAAUUGGUUAAAUGAGUGGCGGUUUGCUUGGAGGGAGUUUGCUGUGCCUGGGGAUGGGAGGGGCACUAAUUCUUCGGGUGCCGGAGCUGGGGCGGGGAGUAUAUUGGGGGUUGAUGCGAGGAGUUGGGAUAGAGGGCUUUCGGUGGAUGGGGGGAGUUUUAAGAGGAGGGAAAACGAUACUGAGGGGAAUGGGGAGGUUAAUAAUAAGGAGAAAGAGAAAGAUAAGGAGGAGGGGAGUCAAGUUCAGGAUUUGCUGGCGCAGGGGGUCGAGAUUGGAGAGGGGAAGGUUAAGCUGCUUGUGAGGGAUACGUCCUCGUCGUCGUCGUCGACGACGACGACGACGACGACACAUGCAACAGGUGGGGGGAAGGAGAAGGAGGUGUUGAAGGGACCGGCGGGGAAGAAAUAG